GGAGUCUCUGCGCGCUGUCUUCCAACCCAGCCGAGGGAUUUAGCCGCUGGUGGGUGAGCCGGCGCCCUUCAAAGCUGGGAUGAUGGAAAACAACAAUGAUGAUGAAACAAAGCUCGAAGAAGAAAUAGAAGCUGAAUUGGAUAAAAUCAGCAUUUCUUCAUUGGAAAAAGAUGAUGAUGAUAGUGAUUCAAAAUCAGAAAGCCAGAGUGCUGAUAGUGAUACAGAUGUGGAUGAGUUACCUGAGUCAGUUCUUCACUGUAUUGACAUCAUAAAGAAUAAGAGUAAAACUGUUGAAGAGCUCAUUCUUCAGGACUUGGAAGAUACAGAGGUUUUAAACUAUAGUUAUGGAGUGGUUUCUAAUAAUCAUAUGCAUUUAAAGAUAGAAUUAUCAACUGAACAUAAAGAAAAUCCGGAACAAUUAAUAAAGAUGUUAUCUGAAAUAGAAAAAGAAGAAUUUCUGAGGAGUAAAACCCAUUGUAGCAGUCCUGAUUCUAUUCCAGAGCCUGGUCCUCAUGAUUUGCCUGUAGAUGAACAUGUUUUGUCAGAUGAUACUGAUAUAAAUUUUGGAUACUGUGAAGUGGAAGAAAGAUGUAGGCAGUCUUUUGAAGCUUGGCAAGGCAAACAGAAAGAACUGGAAGACCAAGAGAAAGAAACUCUUAAAGCUCAAAGGGAUAGAGAACAAAAGCAAUUUGAAGAAGAAGAAGAAAAGAGACAUUGCUGGAUGAAACAGUUUGAAGUUGAAAAGAAGAAAUUAGAGAAUAUUCACAAGCAAGAACAGGACAAGAUGAAUGAUGAACUCCAUAAAGAAGAGAAAAUAUGGAAAGAGAAAUUUAAACAGCAUGAGGAGUUUAUUAAAAAGUUGCAUCUACAAAUAGAAGAAGAAAGAACAAGAUUUAAAGAUCUGCAAGAAAAAGAAAAAAUGCGUUUGUUAAAACUGCAUCAUAAUGCAGCUGUAAAAAUUCAAGCUAAAUAUAAAGCAUUUGUGGUCUACCAAAAAUAUGGUCCAAUCAUAAAAGAACAAAUAGAAAGUAAGAAAAGGAAAGCACAAGAGUGGAAAGAAAAAGAAGCAAAAAUACGACAGAUGGAAGAAGAAAAACGAAAGAGAUUGGAGGAAGAACAAAAGAUUGAAGAAGAGAUAAAAAAGCAGAAGCAAGAGGAAAGGGAGAGGAGAGAAAUAGAAUAUGAAGAAAAAAAGAACAUCGUGAGAAGAGAAAAAGAGCAACUAUUAAACAAGGAAAAAUUAAGAUUAAGAGGAGAUGCAAGCAGACAGCUAAUAAUAAGUAGAGCAUUAAAGAAAGGUGAAUACAAUGCAAAACAUUUAACUGUUGAAGAUACAUCAAAGAAUAAGGAUGAUAUAGCCAAAAAGGUAAGGGAGGAAAAGUCAAAGGAGUGGGAAGAUGUUCCCCUCUGGCUAGUUGAACAAUCAACUAAGAGAAAAAAUGUAGGUAGACAGCUUGUAUUAAAAGAGCCAAUGCAAGUGCAAUGGAAAGAUUCUAUACCAAACCAGGUGAUUUUGGCAGAAAUUGAAAUGGAAGUAAAAAAUGAAAACCUAGCAAAACAACAACAUUCCACAAAAAUCGUCAAGCAAGAAAGAAAAUGUGAAGAUGUAGACAAAAAAACCGAAUUGGAAUACCCAGGUCUGAAAGAAAACAUGAAUGAACAGUUUCAUCUGCAAGAAUUAAAGUCUCAAAUGCAAAAAGGGGAACAUGUGAAACCUGCCAUAAAUGAGAAUGUGAGACAAGACACCCAAACAAUAAUAUUAGGACAUAGUCAAGGAAUUAACAAGGUGAAAAACAAUGAAGCACAGAAAAUAAUCAAAGAUAAUCAACAGAAUAAGUUACAAAAAGUAGAAAAAGAAGAGAUAUCAGAACAGAAUGAACCACUAUAUGAAGAGAAUAAUAUUUUAGUAAUUUCAGUGAAGCAACAACCACUAAAAUUAGAAAAUCCUAAAGAUAUAGGGGAAAAUGUAAUACUACAAGAACAAGAAGUUGAUUUAAUUUCCAAAGAAACUGAGGAGAACCGAGAAGGCAAUACUCUGAAUAGUGAUGUGAUUUUUAACAGCAGUGAUUCCAUGAUAAAUAUAGAAAACAAAAUAAAUGAGCAAGAUUAUACUUUAGGAAGAAAUGCUCUUUGUGAAGAUUUGGGAGGUUUUGAUGCAAAAAAUUCCUUAGUUUUUAAAGAAGUAAACUCUCUUAGGUCUCAAAUUAAAGAAACCGCAGAAGAAUGUCAUAAUAAUAGAGCUGAAUGUGAAAAUAUUGCGACCUGUACUUUACCAAAGUCAACACUUCUAUCUUCUAUUGAAGAAAAGAGGCUAGCUUGGAUAAAAUCAUUUAAACCUUGGUUUGAAAUUUUCAAGCAAAAUCAACAAAAGGAAAUUGUUAGGACAAAGAGACCUGUAAAAUGCCCAGCCAACACGAUGCCUCCUUUGAAUACACUAGACAUUCUUCAGUGUGGCCCUUGGAAUACUUUACAGCAGGUUACAACAGUUACAUUUCAAGAUUUGCCAGGUUGUAGUCUUUCCACACUGGCAGAGUGUCCAAAUCUUCAAUUUCUGUCUCUUCAACGCUGUGGGUUAACUUCUUUGCACAGCCUGAGUAACUGCAAAAAGCUGAAGCACAUUGAUGCACAGGAAAACCAUAUUGAGUCUAUCAAUUGUGAAAAUUUGGAAAAUCUCUGUGUUGUUCUUCUUAAUAAAAAUCAACUGACUUCUUUUCAUGGUUUGGAUGGCUGCACUAAUAUCCAAAAUCUUGAACUUUCACAUAAUAAAAUCACUCGAAUUGGUGGUUUAGAAUCUUUGAAAAAUCUUCAGCAACUAAUUGUGGACCACAAUCAGUUAAUUAGCACAAAAGGCCUUUGUGAUACUCCUACCGUUAUAUACCUGGAUUGCUCACAUAAUCAUCUUACUAAAGUUGAAGGUAUUGAAAAGUGUGGAUUACUCCAAAUACUGAAGUUACAGGGAAAUUAUCUAAGUGAGCUUCCAUCCUUGGAGAAUCAUGUUCUACUAAGAGAAUUGCACUUGGAUGAUAAUAGCAUUUCAACUGUGGAAGCACUUUCUUCAUAUUGGUUGCCUUUACUACAAAACCUGACUAUCUCUCAAAACAGCUUGACAAAAAUCAUACCACUUUUUCAUUUUGUUUCUUUGGAAAAACUAGAUGUCAGCAACAAUUGUCUUUCUGAUCUUACAAGUGCCAUUAAGUGGUUUAAUGCAUGCUAUUCUCUCCACGAAUUGUCUCUCACUGGAAACCCACUUCUUCAAGAAGUAAACUGGAGGCAUUCUCUACUUAAAGUGUUACCGGCUCUAAGAAUCCUCAAUGGUGAAAUGAUAAACUCUUGUUCAGAAAGGCAGACUGAAGAAUACUAUCAACCAGAAUUAGGACGUUUCUUGGUACUUUGUCAGUCCCAGAUUCAAGAAUUCAACUUACUAAUUGAAAAGUAUAUUACUGUGAAAGGAAAUUUGGUCACCCUGGAUGCUGCAGAAAAUCUCUGCCAUUAUUUUAAGAAAUUAAUGACACUUAGUAAUGAAUGCCGAUAUGCACAUGAACACGGGGAUGCACGCAUCACCCAGAGAGAAGAAUCAGAAGUCCAGCAAAAUCAUUUAGCUACAGAUAGUGAUAGCAUCCUGCAAAAUAGAGUUCUCCAGUCUUGUGCAGACAGGUAUAAACUGGAAUCACCAGAUAUUUCUGAGAAAUGGAUGAAUUCUGACUCUAGUCAUUCUACAUCAACCAAAUCCUCUUUAUGUGAAGAUACGGAAGGAAGAAAUCAGGGAGAAAUAGCAGACCAGAAGAGAGAAGACAGCAAAUUAAACAGUAUCCCCACUAAAAGAAUCCCAUUUGUGGAAACAGUAAUGACAAGUUCUCUGCUGAGGAAUUGCCAAAAUAUUGGACAUCGUAAUAAAAUUAUGGCAGCUUUGGUAAUCCAGGCACACUGGCGUGGUUACAUGGUACGCAGACAGAUUAAUUUCUCUACAAGGCUACAUACUGCUGCAGUAGAACCCCUGACAUUCCAACCCAAUGACUGCAUCAAGAAUAAAACUAUUUUAAAGGAAGAAAAAAGGGAAAACACCGUGAAUAUCCAAGAACAGAGGGAAAAGGCUGCUAUUCUUAUUCAGGCAGUUUGGAAGGGCUUCCUUUUGCGAAAGAAACUGACAACAGCUUUAGAGGCUAUUAAGAAUGAAGAAUCUGAAGAAGAAUAUGAAGAAAUAAAUUUGGAGGAUUUUACAUUUGAUGAAGCUGCCUUAGAGAAAGAAUGGCUAGCUUUAGAUUCCGCCCGCUUCCCUUCACAAACACUGCUUCUCCCGAACCAGCUGCACUGGCCAAAGUUCUGUGGAACCUUAAAAUAUGAUGAUACUUCACUGAAUUUACCAAGCCAUCCAGCUCAAGCGUGGCUAUGUAAUGAGAAAGAAAAUUUGUUUUCAUCAGAACACUCACAGUUUAAUAGCAGACCAGAACACAGAACUUUGUCCUGGACACCUGAAUCAAAGAUCAGCAGAAAGAGUUCGCUAAAAUCUGAAAAAGAAGAAAAAAUUUCGAAAGAAUGGGGCUUUAAGGACAUUGCUACUGCUCAGCAAAUGUUGAAGAGAGCACAGAAGAUGAAAUCAAAGAAAUUAAGGAAAAAAUUAGCAGAUACUCAGAAUAGAAAUACUCAAGAUCCCACUGUUUGCCUAGAAUUAUUCAAAAACAAUGAAAAUAAAGUUUCUGUUACAAAAUCACCAAAGAAGGCACAGCCCAGAAGAGAUGAUUACUUUGAAGGUAAGGAAGAAGAAUUUAUCUACAAGGAUGCCACUGCAAAUGAAAAAUUAGAAAGGAGUAAAGAAUACACAUACCAAUGGCUUCACACACAGGUUGGGAUUCAUGAAACAACUAGUUCCAGAAAUAUGAAAUGCAAACACUUCUUGCCUGAGUUAGAUCCAGAUAUACUUAACGGUGGAAGAGUUCAGCUUGUGGCAAGACUUGUAAGCAGAGAAGACACGGAUUUAGACCUUUUUUCCAUGACCAGUGGAAGUGCUUUGUCUGUAAAGAGAGAAAAAAAAAAUCAGGCACACAGACACUCAGCGGGAUCUUCAAGUUUUUCAGUUAAGGGAAUACUUGCACCAAUGAUAACAAAUUCGAGACCUUCUAAGAAAGAACGUAUGUCAUUUCGUGACUAUCCCGUACAACUCAGUGGUGGAUGGGGAAGUGGCAAAAAGAAGGAGAAAACUUCAAACUAAUUCUUCAAGCUUCAGCAUUCAAAACAUAUGGCGCACGGUUUUCUCAAGAGAUCUACGGAUAUCUGGUCAUGUUACCAAUUGAAUACAAGGUUUUAGAGCACUGUCUUUAAUUUGUGUUACUAUACAUAUUCCACAGUUUUGUUUUCUGAUGGAGUUAUCUGAUUUCCCAUCUAUAAAAAACAGGUUAGCUAUUGUUCCUAUGUUUAUGAGGAAUGGCCUCCAGAAUUAAUUCUUAAAAUAUUGUAAUGGAAUUUGCAUAUCCAAUUUCUUCUUUUGUUUAAAGAUUUUAUGACGUAUGUAUUAAAGAUGGUUUUUGUUACCAGUAAGAAGUUGUAAUACCAUACACAUAUUGUAAGAGAAUAUAACUAUAAUUUAUUGACAUUGUUUAUAGUAUUAAUGAAUAAGUUAUAUAUUAAUAAAUUUUAUUUGACUAGAUUAUUAUUUGGAUAUUUCAAAGAUAAAUUGAUGUGUAAAAUAUUUAGAAUAGAUAAUGAAAAUGGCCUUUAAUUUAAUUUUACUUUAAGUCAUCUCAAAUAGAUAAGUUAUGUUAAGAAAAUAUACUUUAUGUUUAAACUAAAAUGAAACAUAAAUUUAAAUAUAUCAAUUUAAUAAAUUGGAUAUUUUAUAUGUAAUGUUUCAUUCAAAUGCAUAUUAGCCUUAUAAUUUUUAAAAGGUAGAUGCUAAUUCUGAUUCAUUCACAUGAUUCUACUGACCCAAAAAUAUUCUUUCAUUUUAAUUUUAGCUAAGGCGCCUCAGAAUGAUUUUAAAAAUCUUUUUAAAGCUCAAUUUCAAAAUUUUGUAAUAUUAAUAUAUUUUCUAAAAUCACAGGCCAGUUUUAUUAAAUUCUUACUACUUUGUGGUUAAUAUUCUGUGAUGUUUUAGUAAAUACAGUGUGCAAAUGCUGUAUUUACCUUUCACGCUCCUUGGGGUCCUUUACUUUCCUGAGUCUGGAGCUUCUUUCCCCAAGCUAAGUUCUCUCGUUGACUUCCCAGUGUGUGGCUUUUAAUAGGAUCCAGUGAGCUUUAGAUUCUUCCUCUUUGUUUUUCCUACUCUUUAUUGAAGUAUUUCAUCUAAAAAUGACUAAGCAGAUUUAGAGAUGCAUUUAUCUAGUUUGUGCCCCCUAUCUACAUUUGGAGCUCCAUUGCAUUUCAGAUCUAUAAAUCUCUUUCAACUUGAUUGAGAUAGAAAUGGUAAUGAACCUUGAGCUGUCAAUCAAAGAAAACAGAGAUUCAUGUGUUGUGGCCUCAAAAUUGAGCUUUGGAACAUAAGCUCCAUGUGUAGUUGCUUUAUGAACAUGCUGUUAGGUCAUCCUUUUACUAAGAGCAUCCACAAACCAACAUAAUGUAAUGAUGGAAAAUAUUUUAUCUCGACUUAUUGUGAACCCUGCAAGAGAAAACCACAUUAGAGAUGAAAUUGAUGGGGUUUUAUGGUUCAUAUGUUCAAAUCAAUGAUAUGAAAAAGUACGAGAAGUGAGAUGUUUAUGAUUAAACUGUUUUAGUGCCUAAAAAUAAUUCAGUCUGUAGUUUCUGUAGUCAGUGACUUGUGUGUUCCAUAAUAUUAAUUUUGAGGAAGAUGAUGGGUGCUGAUGCUUCUUAAAUUUGUAGCCGAUGGUUGAUGAAGAUGUCAAUAAAAUAGUUUCCUGACUAUGGUGUUAAAUUGGAAGAUCUUUGUAGUGUUGUUUAUUAUGUCUGGCCUUAAAAUGAUCAUUUACAAAAUCAAAGUUCAAACAUUAUUUUUAACACUAGUUUAUCUGUGUUUGUGAAAAUAAAAAAGGUA